AUGCGUGCCAAACCGAUAGCAGUGACUAUUAACAACUACCCAUCUAACUCCAGCAAUGAAGUCAUAGAACUUGAAAACCACCCAACCACGGUUCAUUAUGGUAAACUCGGACAUGCAAAGGUCUCGCCUGAACCCUACCAAAAUAAUUAUGUUGACGAUGUUGACACAAAGUUGAAACGACGAAGUCAAAAAUGCCUGAAUGUUUUUCUGACUGUAUCCUGCAUUCUUUCCUUGGCGGCAUUGGGUCUCGUAUGUGCUUUGUUAUUUGGAUUUAUUGAGCCAAGAGACUCCCGAAAAUUGAAUGGCUGCUUGUGUAGAACUGUGGGAUUGACAGGUAAUUUGAACUAUUUAUCACAAAGUAAUCGUUGGGUAGUUAAGUGUUGUGUAUUCCUGGUGCUAUCCAUAAUGGCCGUAACCAAAUCUACUGACCUAAUUGACGCUAAAUGAUUCUACGGGAGAAGAUACCUUUACAUAUAGUUAGCCACCAAAAACAAGGUCCGUAUUUUAUUAAGGUAGUAGUAUAUAUUAGCCAUCCCGUAUACAUACAAUCAUUGAAAUGCAUCAAACCCUUGGGUGAACCAGACUUUAUUUUAAAACACUGAGCAAUAACAAUGGUACUACACUUUGUAUUAGACCAAUUUUAAUAAUAUUAGUGCCAACUUAAGAAAUGCGGCUAUGAAAACUAAAAACAUAUCUAUCACUAACCCUUUCACACUAAAAACCACAUCAAAGUUCAAUACGUCCCCUGAUCAUAAUUGGGAUGAAGCGACAGUUUAUCGCUUUCAGGACGAUAUCAAAAAUGAAUGCCCUCGUUCACUGGCACUGCGCUCACUCGUGACAUUUAUGAUAUCACCCCCUCAUAUGAUAACCUAAUAGGCUAUACAAAACUGAGGCCAUUGCCAUAUUACAGUUGUUUCUGCUUAAAAUCGGAAAUACUGCAAGACAUACAGAAGGAAGCACUAUGCCUAUGGCCCUUUCGUGACACAACGUGACACAGAAACGUCAGCGCGGAAAACCUUUGGGUUGAUCAUAGAGAAGCCUAUCGAAAGAAAGAUGACCAGUGAAACUCAUAUAGAACAACAAUAUAACUCAUUAUCUACGUCAGUCAACGUUUAUUCAUAAAUCUGGUCCAAGUUCUCCGUCACGUGCGUAUUUUGUUUUUGCCCAAUUAACCAAUAGCAACUAGUAGAUGUUUUAGGAAAGUUACCUAUCUGUAACUCGAACCGAUAGGGUAAUUUGGAAAAUUGGUGGAUUUCGCAAAGUAUAAUACACACGUGAGGGUAAAGGGUGAUUUAUGAAUAAACGUUGACUAACAUAAUAACGAGUUAUAUUGUUAUUCUAAUGAGUUUCACAGCCAUCUUCCUUUCAAUCAACCUCGUGCCCAGUGUCUCCUCUUCGCCGUAGCAGAUGUUCGGGGGCCUGGCGGAGGCGAGACACUGUGAAACAGGUUGCUUUUCGAUAGGCUAUGUGGUACCAUACACUGAACAGUUAUAGUUACUAAGUUUUCCGAAUAGUCAGUUUCGAUAACUUAAUGUUUGCUUCCGUAUUACAGGUCGCACUAAUUCCAUUGCUUUAACAAAAAAUGGCAAAUAUUCUGAUCUCAAUGACGAGGUUAAAGAGUUGAAAAACAACUCAAAAAAUGUUAAUGAAACACUGGUGAGUUGUUUAGGUACACAAUAAAACAACAUUAACAAACAAACUUAUUAACAAUUAAUAUAUAAACAAACAAAUAAAUAAUAUCGCUAUGUCUAUGACGAGUUAUACAGUAUAUAUGCCUUGUAUAGUUUACCGGCGUACCAAUAAAAUUUGUAAAAAAUGUGCAUAUUCCUGCACUAAGCAUAUCAUUCAAAGUUUCUCCCAUUUUAUAUAUUAAAUAGGUGUCCAUGCAAGCUGCUUUUGACCAUCAAGCAAAAGACAUAAAUAAAUUAACAGGACAGGUACUCACAUUCAUGCAAUGCAGCAUAUAUGCACUUGUAAAUAUGUUGUUGUUGUUGACGUUGUUGACGUUUUUGCUGCCGUCAGUUUUGAUGUUGCUAUUUUCGUUUGUUGUUGUCGUCGUUUGUGAAUUGAUGUUGUUGUGUUGUUUGUUGUUGUCGUUAUUGUUGGUUGCUUGUUGUCAUUUGUUUGUUGUUUCCCAGUUGUUGUAGCGGUUCCUCCUGAGGAGAGUACUAUGCUAUUUAUUAUUUUUGUUUGCAUGCUGGACAUACAUUCAGUAAUUUUUAGGAAAAAAAUACUUUGUUUUUGUUAUUUAGAUAAACUCAAUUCAAAACUUCCAAACUGGAGAAAAGCUAACAAAUUUUUCACAUGAAAUCAAUGAACGUUUAACAAAUAUUGAGAAGGUACACUUGUACUCAAGCUGGUCAGUUGACAAUAGUCAAUAUAUAUAAUUUAAUGAACCCUAGUCGAAUGAAAUAUAUCGUUGAUGAAAGUAUAUUAAUGAUAUUUUCUCCACUUUUUUAACAGUAAACAAUAUUUUAUUCCCUCUGUAGCACAAAAAUAAGACAGAAAAACAUAUCUUUGAUGUUAUGGGGAAAACAAAUUCAAAGGUAACUUCUCGAUUGGUACGUUAUAAAGUGCAUGCAGUGACUGCAUGAGUGACACUUUCAAAAACAUACAGUCAUUUAUCUUUAUCAUCUGCACACUAGAUUGACGAGUGGGAAAAGGAAAUACGACAAAACAUGACCCAAAAAAUGCUACAAAGAGCAGCUGACGUCGACUUCACUUUGAAAAAGGUAAUUCUGUUGAAAUCAUUACUAUAGUAAUAUAAUGUAUCAAAUAAUUAAUGCAUGGGUGAAAGGAAAAAAUAUACUAUAGAAAGAACACACUACACAGUCACAGAUCGAUAAAGCAGAAUAUGUCUGAAAUAAUUGAAAUAAUAUGGAUCUACUCCAAGCUACUUUUUAUAAAAAAAGAUUUGAGGCAUUAUGUAAGAUGCGUCACCGUCAUCUGCAGGAACGUUUGGCGCAUAGAGGUCUACGAUUACGAAGAACAGUUCAGAAUUGAUUGAGCUAUUGAUAUCAAUAAAAGUAGUUUAGCGUUUAGUGUUUCAGUAUGAUACCAUGGAUAGUUGAAAAAGACUAGUGUUUUUAUGACACUAUAGACUAGUGUUUUUAUGCUGACCAACGCAAUAUUAACAAAUGUAUUAUAUUGCUUAAUAAAAUUUAUUUCACUUAAAUAAUUCCUGCUCUGAAAUAAUUCUAGUUUGCCAACUUUAAAGAGGGCCUAAUGACAAAUGUGACAAGUUCACUGCAAAAGAUUGACAUAUUCUCCUUCGUUAUUGAAAAGGUAGAUACAAAUUACGCUAUUAAAUUAAAGUCAGCAAAUCACUGUUUACUUUUAUAAUUCAUUCGAUGUUUAGCUAUAAAUGAAAUAAAAUUUAAACCACGUAAAACGUAAAAGAAUGACAAAACGUAAAAGAAUGACGUAACGUAAAAGAAUGACGUCAUAGGCAAGAUGUGUUUUUUUGUAAAGAACUAAAAAUAAUAACAAAUUGUAGUAUAUUUGUAUAUCACAUUAAAAAAGCAAAACCCAUUUUCAGUAAUUAAUUAAAUAUUAAAUUUCUAAUAUAUAUAUAACCCAAUUGAUACUCCAUAAUACGCACUCUUCUUCAGUUCAUUAACGAAACCAACAAAAAAAUGUCAGAGACAAGAAACUUUACAACAUCAAUGGUAAGCAAGAUUUCUGAUACUGUUUGCAGGCAGUACUUUCAAGGAAACGUUUUAAACUUAUGUAAAUGUAUUAACUCAGUUGCAGAGGAAUGCACAGCAAGUUGAAAAAAUGAAUUCUUCUAUCUGGGAAAAGGUAAAGACUAGCCUAAACUAGCCACUACUAUAUACUCGAUACUAACUUUCGCUCGAAACGUCGUAUUUAUCACUGGAAAAAAAAUUGAAAUCCAUACUACGAAAUUUGCAAUUGCAUCCUAUUUCCAUACUAUAUCCAUAUUAUGGAAAGGUACAAUUAUUAUGGAUAACCAAAAUCUAUUCUAUUUCCAAUAAAGGUCCAUACAAUUUCCAUUCUAUGACCUUCUAUGGAUUUUCAAAUUUUUUUCCAGUGUCUCCUUAUAUUUUUUAGGUAGUUGCAUCCCUAUCCAACCGAAGCCUGUUUUCUGUUAUUAUUGACACUACCUACACUGGCAUACCCUGGACUGCUCGUGUGACCACAGCCUCCUCGUCGUAACACUGGCACAGACCAUUCAGUAUUGACUUCAACCUACAGUCCUAGUUUCGAUAACAUGCGCUAUUAUUAAUGGAUAAACAACAUAUUUAACAUGAUAGAUGACAUAUUUCUUUAUUUUGCUCACAUGCUAACACUGGACUGGAUCAAAAUUAGUUCACCUCACUUUAGAGUUUAGGUAGUGAUUUAUGACGGAUAUCAAAUCCAACAAUUUGGAUAUAUCGCAAGAAACUGUCAUAAUUGCGGAUAUCCAUGCAGUAAAGUGCAGGACUGGAUAUCCAUUGCAGUAUACAUUGCAGUAAAGUCCUUAUAGUCCUUAUACUCAGGAUACUGAUCCGUUGUAGCAAAGUCCUUAUAGUCGUGUAUAUUUAAUUUAUUGCCACAAAUCGCAUCACUGGAUUGUUUGAAGUUUGAUCAGUCUAAAAAUUGCAGACAAACAGUAAUUGAAAUCUUCUUUGCAGCUUAGUACAAUGAGGGGCCCACGAGGAUAUAAUGGAAGCCAAGGGAUAGCAGGACCAUCAGGUCCACAAGGAGCCCAAGGCAGACAAGGACUACGAGGACUGACCAUCGAGGGAUGUCAAAAUCACACGGAAACACAGUUGGUUAAGUUCGGGAAGGGGACAUGGGAUUUUGCAAUUACAUUGAAAAGCACGGUAAGGAAGUAG